CCGCAAUUUCAGACUGAGCCCGACGCCCCCCGAUGACGUGGGCGGUGCGCCGGAAGUGCGAGCGGUCCGCCGUCUUGCCAUGGCUGCGGCCUCCUCGCGCUGGAACCAUGUGUGGGUCGGCACGGAGACUGGGAUCCUGAAAGGGGUGAACCUGCAGCGGAAACAGGCGGUGAACUUCACGGCGAGCGGACAGCCGCGGCGGGAGCAGGCGGUGAGCGCGCUGUGCUGGGGCGCCGGCGGCGAGACCCAGAUCCUUGUGGGCUGCGCCGACAGGACAGUGAGACACUUCAACGUCGAGGAGGGCAUAUUCCAGGGCCAGAGUCAUUGCCCCGGCGGGGAGGGCACAUUCCGGGGUCUCGCCGAGGCUGAUGGCAACCUCAUCACAUGUGUGGAUUCUGGAAUCCUCAGAGUCUGGUGUGACAAUAACAAGGAGGCAUCCUCUGACCCACUCCUGGAACUGAAGGUGGGUCCUGGGGUGUGCAGGAUGCGCCAAGACCCAGCACACCCCCAUGUGAUUGCCACAGGCGGGAAGGAGAAUGCUUUGAAAGUGUGGGACCUGCAGGGGUCUCAGGAACCUGUGUUCAGGGCCAAGAAUGUGCGGAACGACUGGCUCGAUCUACGGGUUCCCAUCUGGGACCAGGAUAUACAUUUCCUCCCUGGGUCACAGAAGCUUGUCACAUGCACAGGGUACCACCAGGUCCGUGUCUAUGAUCCGGUCUCCCCCCAGCGCCGUCCAGUCCUAGAGGCCACCUAUGGAGAGUACCCACUAACAGCCAUGACCCUCACUCCUGAGGGCAAUUCUGUCAUCGUAGGGAACACGCAUGGGCAGCUGGCAGAAAUUGACUUACGGCAAGGGCGCCUACUGGGCUGUCUGAAGGGGCUGGCAGGCAGUGUCCGUGGGCUGCAAUGCCACCCUUCAAAGCCCCUACUAGCCUCCUGCGGCCUGGACAGAGUCUUGAGGAUACACAGAAUCCGGAAUCCACGUGGUCUGGAGCAUAAGGUUUAUCUCAAGUCUCAACUGAACUGCCUCCUCCUGUCAGGCAGGGAUAACUGGGAGGAUGAGCCCCAAGAACCUCAAGAGCCUAACAAGGUGCCCCUAGAAGACACAGAGACAGAUGAACUUUGGGCGUCUUUGGAGGCAGCUGCCAAACGUAAGGUCCCUGAUUUGGAACAGACACAAGGGACUCUUCAGAGCAGAAGGAGAAAAAAGAAGCGGGCUGUCACCAGUCCUUGAAGCCCCUUACUCACUUUGUUAAUAAAACUCAAAAACACA